AUGGUGUGGAAGGAGACGCGCUGGACUAUGUCCAUGCUCAUGCAGCGUAGGGAGAUGACCAAGGAAGAACGCGUCGCCUGGAGACUCCACAAGCAGAAGAUCGUCAAGGGCGGUACGACACUGCUUCGAUGGCUGUUCGUCAUCGACAUCGCGCUAUUCGCCCUCUGGCCCGAGAAGUGGCGCGAGAGCGGAGCGUUGACCAGCACUACGCCGACGACAUCGACGAUUCGGAUGGAUACGGUGAAGCGGAUGAUGCAGGAAUGUUCGACGUCUACAAUGAUGAUUAUCGAAGCACAUACGGCGACGACUUCGAUAUACGCGAAGGAAAGGAUGUUCAGCCAGACGCUGGUUAUUCAGAUGACCAUGGAAGCGGCGACAGCGAAGAAGGUUGCAGUGGCAGCGGAACGAAGCCAGCAAUGGGAGGAACUUGCCCGGACACAGAGACAUGCCCUGAAGGCUGCUCGUGCAAGUCCCCCGGUUGUGGAGGCACUGCCCAACCGGACACGGAAACAUCGACUUCCAAAACAAUAUCCACUGUGCAAGUCCCAUAAGGAACCUGAGCAACAGCCUCGCAGUAAACGGCUCACGGGCACAUGCAAGGACAGGAACGUGCUUCGACGACCUAUUCCAAGAGACGCCAGGGCAAGGUACUUCAUCGAACACAUCUACAAGCCGACGGACGCCGACAGCUCGUUCCGGCAGACUCCGUGCUCAACGUCGAGUUGCCGCUGGCUGCAGUCCCUCCUGGACAGUGGUGGCUCGGCCAGGAAGGAGGCCGCGCGCGGGAACCCGCCCUGCACCGACUUCUACCGCCACGUCUGCGAAGCCAAGACACGGUCGCCUUACAAGACCGGCUCGGACAAGCUCAUGGAUAGCAUGCGUCGAAUCAUAAGCCGUCACAAGACCCAGGAAGGUGCCCUACCCGCAAACUCCGACUCUCUGUUCAAGCGUUGCAUGGAAGGCGUGGAUCUCAUGAUCAAGGACCACAUCAGAUACGACUGGGAUGAGAAGAAGCUAGACGGCUGCAGUUACAACGUGCCCAAGACACCUCUGACCUUGUCGGAGCGAUUCUUCAAGUCGGGUCGCCGUCGCACCAUGCCAGAGUUCUUUGAUUACAUCAGAAGCCUUACCAACAACCUCAGCCUCGACGACUCCACUCUACCCGCUACAGGCUUCUUUACUCGUGAGUGGAUUCCGGCCGCCUGCCAGUGGGUAGCCCGCUCUGCCCGAUGUCACUACGCCAUAGACUUGGCAAUGGAGACAGGAGAACAUUUGGACCGAUACCAGCUGUACUGGAAGGUCAUCUAUUUCUCUCCCCUCCUUGGCCCGAUGGCAAACCGAAUCUUCGAAGCUGUGUUCGACGAACCACCGAAAGCCCGCGUUCAGGCCUGCUUCAACCUUAUGGAAGAUCAUUACAUCACCAACACCACAAAGACGGCACGUCUCGCUCUGAAGAACGCCAUACGGCGGCCCCACGACAUCCUCUCCAAGGUGUCAUGGUUGCUCCGCUGGGCACUGAGGGACCGCGUGCCGAGGUGGCUUUCACGCCGGAACAGGCAAGACUGGGAUGUUUUUGUGGGCUAG